UAGACAAUAAAUUACCAACAUUGUUUGAGAUGGAUAAUUAUUACAGCUGCAUGAAGAGUGAAAAUAAUUUAUAUUGCAAUGUUCAAAGUUCCUUGGAGAUUUCUGGCGUAAACUCAAAACUGCUCGAAUUUGUUAAAAACAAUACAGCUGAUGAAAAAACAUUUAAUCGCAAUUUCGUCCACAGAGCUUUCUGCUUGCCUAGAGUAGAAUCCCAAAAUUCAUCGAUGUUAGAACAUCAUUUUAAAAAAUUAAUGAAUUUUGAAACUCAAAAGUUUAAUUACGUGAAUAUUUCUGACGUGGAAAUUGUUUCUUGUACGGAGAAAACUAAAACUCCAAUGUAUUAUGAUUUUGUAUUUUUACUUUUUCUAUGUUUAUACCUCCUGUUUGUUGCUUAUGCGACAAUCUUCGCCAGGAAAGCCCCUAAAGUCGAUGCGAAAGAAACACAAUUCGAUGUAUUAAAAACUUUCUCAUUAGUAGAAAAUUGGAAAAGAAGAACAUCGGAUUCUAAAAAUUCCGAUUUUCAAAAUUUGCUAAGCAUGCAAGGCUUGAGAUUUUUUUUAUUAUUGCCCAUAAUCUACUUUCAUACCGUUAUGAUUAAUGUGAUGGCUUUCGUAACAAAUCCGAUUCAAUUUGAACAGAUGUUGCGUUACGACAACACUUGGAUGGUUUUCAUCGUUUUACCGUUUUUCCUAAUGUCAUCUUGGCUUUUGAUCCUCCAAGUUAAUAACAUCUACGAUAACCAAGGAAAACUUUCAUUUAAGAACGUUGUAAUAAUUAUAAUAAACAGAUACUUCAGGCUAAUAGUUUCAGUAGCGUUUACAAUGCUCUUUCUAUUCUCUUCAUUAGUGUCUAAAUUUGAAGGUCCCCUAACGUUUACAAUACUUAAUUUAAAUGGCAGAGCUUGCAGAAAAAAUUGGUUUUACUCUUUGACUUUGUUUGGGAAUUACGAUGUUAUUUUAAAUUUGUGCAAUGGUGUUUCAUGGUACGUGUCAGCAGAUUUUCAAGUAUAUGUAAUUAACUUACUGCUUUUAUACGCAAAAUUGAAGUAUAAUCUGCGAAAUCGGACAUUUUAUGUGGGAUUACUACUAGCAGUUUGUUUUUUGCAUGGUUUUAUUGUAUAUCAAUAUGGAAACGAUAUAAUUUAUACACCAAGCGUGAGGAACUUUGAAGAAAUUGGCGUUAGAACCUCAGAAAAAUUUGUGUGGUACUACACUUCUACUUACUCCAUAUGGGGAUGUAGUAUAGUUGGUUUAAUAUUUGGAACUAUUUAUUAUAAUAUUAAAGCUACGCCGAUGAAAUGUAAUAAGAUGGUAACGAUUUUGGGGGGAAUAUUAGCAGUAUCAUUUCCUUUAUUAGCACUGAGAUUAAGCUCCAAACAGACUGAUGACAGAAUGGAAGCCGCAUUUCUAGCAUCAGUUGUGAAACCUUUAUUUAACUUAGGAUUUGCAAUUGGACUUUUAGGAAUGGCCAAAAAUUACGGCGGAUUUUUGAAGAAAGUUUUCGAAUGGAAAUUUUUUGUCGUGAUGGGAAACUUCACUUUCUUCACUUAUUUGAUUCACAUGGGUCCCAUACUUCUUAUGCACAGCUUGAAAGAUUGGCCGUUUUACGCGAGUUCCUAUCAACUGAUUUUGGAUUUUGCGAAAGCUAACGCAGUUUGUUGGCCAAUCGGUUUUCUCCUUUCGCUGAUUAUUGAAGAACCCAGUUUAAUAAUUCAGAGGAAGUUCCUGCCCCAAGUUGUAUACAAGAAAUCCGAGGAAAAAGCUUCGUAA